AUGAAAAGUAAGGUUUCGAUAAUUUUUUUUGCGUUUUUAGGAUAAAAAGGAGAAUUUUAGGCUUAAAGUGUGGAUUUUUAUAUGUUUUGUCAUCUAAAUUUUUAUUUAUGAUUAAAGAUUACACUUAUCUUUCUUAUUAUAACAUUUUUAUACUUCAAAACAAAUUUUGUUACCUAAAAUGCCGGUCUUAUGCCUAAAAUCAAAUUUUGUUACCUAAAAUGUCCGUCUUAUGCCUAACAUCAGAAUUUGUUACCUAAAAUGUCGGUUUUAAGCCUAAAUUCAAAAUUUUGUUACCUAAAACAAUAUUUACUUUUAUUUUCAGAUUGGAUACUGCCAAUUAACAAUACAAAUGAUCAAAACUACAAUUCAUAUCAGAAUAAGAUAAAACUAGAAGAGCUGGAAUGCAAACUACCUGAUUUGGACCCAUGGCACGAAAAAGCAUUGCCCCAUAUUAACAAAAACAGCAAUCCCUUGGAUGGAUGUGUAGUUAAUUUCACUGAAUUCACUUAUAUUAAGGAUGGUAAAGUUAGAUUGAAUAAGACGCUGGAUACAAAAGGCACCAGGUGUUACUUUAGGUACGUUUUGGCUUGAUUUCUUGGGGUUUUAGGUAAUAUUUUGAUUGAAAGGAAUAUUUUAGGUAAUAAUUGAGCUUUUUUGCUGUUUUUUUUGGAUAAAACAUGAUAUUUAGGUAACAUGUGACCAAAAAUAUGUUGUUAUAGACAACGUUUCGACUAAAAAUCUUAUUUUCGAUGUAUUUUUUUAACCAUUGCCAUUUCAGAUGCUACUACAAUAAGAGUGAAUUCGAAAUUGAAUUUGGAAAUUGGACGAGCAUCAGGCACAAACCGGAUUGUGACAUAGUUGAAGUUAAUUGCACAAAAGUGAAUGACAAAGCUUAUACCUACAACACAAUGCAUGCCCAGAUUUAUCGACCGUAAGAAAUUUUUAUUUUUUUAGAAAAAUGACAUUUUUAAAUAGUGAACAUAUCACGUUAUAUCGAUACGCCAUUUUUUCUUCAAAGCCGUCUUUUACCUGAUAUAGGUAUAUUUUAGUGACGCCUCUGGAGUUAAACCUGCUUUAAAAAACUCAAAUGUUGACUCUAUUUCUCCACCUGACCCUGCUGCUCCAUUUACUGAUACACCUGACCGUAUUGACCUAGUAAAACCAACAAACCUAACCCCACCAAACCCCCUCCCAGAUGUCCACAUACUUGUAUUCGACUCAGUAGCUCAUACUCAAUUCAUCCGGUCGAUGACAACUACCAUGCACGUGCUACGCGACGAAAUGGAAGCCAUAGCCUUUCCGUAUGUUAACAAGAUUGGCAUUAACAGUCGGCCGAAUGGGUACGCUAUGUUGUUUGGUAAACAGGCCUUCAAGGUGGAGAAGUCUCCAAUCAAUGAUCAGUACGAUCCUAAUGUUACUAUGGAGGAAUUGUGUGGUAGAUACUUGGAUUCGGAUCAGUUUGUGCCGUUUGAAUUCAAGAAGAGAGGGUAUACGACAAUGUGGGCUGAGGACUGGGAAAUAGCACUUUUUACUUGGCCGAACUGUCGUGGGUUCGCUGAAACUCCAGCUGAUCAUUACAUGAGGUAGGUUCGUAUAGAGGCUCGAGCUAUUAUAAUAUAUGGGUUCGGCAGAGAAUUUUAGGCUUAGGAGCACGUUUUAGGCUUAAAAAUCUAAAUCUAAACAAUUUUAGAUUUGACAGAGGAUUUUUGUUAUGUAAGGGUUAGUAUGUGACACUUCUAGGGGGUAGAACUAUAUAGACCAUAACUUCUGAACAACUUUUCUUCCAGACCCUUCCAACUCCGGCUGGACCGCUACAACUAUAAGCAAGACGGCACAAUGAAAGAUCAAUUGCUGAGAAAGAUGUGUAAAGAACGUCACGAACAUGUGAUAGAUUACCUGAAGGACUUUAUCAAUUCCUACCCGGAUAAGCCAAAGUUUUCUUUAACCUGGCUGAACGAGCUGGCACACGACAACAAUAAUGGACUGUUCCAUGUUGAUAUGUACUUUAAGAAGUUUUUUAGAGAGUUUAAAGAGAAGGUAGGGGUUGGAGGUUUUGAAAUUUGUUUUGGUUUUUUUAAAAUGACAUAUUUAUGCUCAAAAAGUCAAAUAUUUCGUUGUGGGACCUAAGUUGGACCUAGGGGACUUUGGUUUGAGCCUCGGUCUCUUUCAAACUUGCUUCGGGCUGGCCUAGUGGGUUGAUUAUUUAGGUCUAGCUGAAAGGAAAUUUAAUUUUGUUUAAAAAUUGAUUGUUUUUAAUUUAUAAAGAAAAUUUAAAAAAAUAUCGAUUUCAGUUUAGUAACUCGUUUCUGUUCAUAAUGGGUGAUCAUGGCUUUCGAUUUGGAGGCAUAAGGAAGACAAAGCUCGGCGAAGUCGAGGACAACAACCCUUUGUUAAUGAUGGUACUGCCAGAACAUUUAAGAAAGAACAGACAAUUGGUCAAUAAUAUGAAGGACAAUGCUAAAAUUUUGAGUACUCACUUUGAUACUUUUGCUACUUUGGUUGAUAUUGCUCAUGUAAGUGGUUGAGUAGGGUUGGGUAGGAGAAGGUAGAGUGGGGUAGGGUAUUAUAGGGUAAAGUGGAAGCGAGGGUAGGACUGGGUAACUUAGAACAGACUAGGGCUCGGCUAUGGCAAUUUCUUUUGAAUUUCAACACUUUUCAGAACGCCUACAACUUCACCCACAACUCGACCUUCAACAACUUUGACAAGUCAGAAAUCAACUUGACAAUCAAUGGCGAAAGCUACUUCCACCCCUAUAAAUUGGACAAGAAACGAAAUUGCCAUAAUCUGAGAAUACCUUUAGAUCUGUGUAUAUGUCAACAUGAACGAGAAGAUAUAAGUAAUGAAAGGGCAUUUGGUGAGCGACUAGCUAAUUUUAUGCUAGAACAUGUUAACCAAGCUCUGGUCGAGCAAAAUCAAACUGAUUUGUGUGUGGAAUUGACGUUGAACACGACUGCUUCGAUUGAAGUGGUGGAGUUUGAGCCCAGCUUGAGGUUUAACGCUUUUAAAGUCACUUUUAAUGUGAGUUAUGACAUGUUUAUAGCCUUUUGUAAUCCGACCAGAGUUUUCAUUACUGUAUAAAGAUAUUGUUUCAGUUAUACGAUUUUUACACCGUUGUAUACUGUAAUGUUUUAGGUAUUGCCUGGAAAUGGUCAAUUAUGGGGAUUUGUUCAAAUCGACGGCGAUCGAAGUGAUAAAAAUGCCAAAAUCUCGAUGAUUUCGGAACGUAUGUCGAGACUGGACGAGUACGAACCGACCGCUUUUUGUUGUGAAAACUUUUUUGGAAGUUUAUAUAAUUUUUAAUGGUUUUGUUACCUAAAAUUGAAAAAACGUGAUAAAAUAAUUUGAUUACCUAAAUUUUAAUAAAAAACUAGUUUUGUUACCUAAAAUGUUAAAGUUUUUAUCAAGUUUUUUCUAUCCCCUCUUAUAUGUUGUUAACUAUGGUUAUUUUAGGUAAAACCAUACUGUUUCUGUGGAGAACUCUUCAACUCAACCACCACAACAACGACGACACAAGCUCCAGAAAAUGA